UUAUCGCAGCUUCUUCUUCUCUCUCUCACACACAACCUUUGUUGGGCGUCGAAACAACGCUGUCCGAAUCAUAUCUUCAGAUUCUUAUUCAUAUUCUUUCUUCAUGAAUACGUAUAGGCACUAAGGGUUUCUUCAUCCUCAGAAAAAAAAAAUACAAAUUCCUCAAAAAAGAUAAUAUCCGGACUAGUUGGUUUUUCGAUUCAUGGCGACGGUGAACCCUUUCGAUCUCUUGGACGAUGACACAGAGGAUGUUAACCAGCUCGUCGCGGCUAAGCCAUUGAAGGUUGAGAAACCGGCUCCGGUUCAGCCUGGUAAGCUGCCCACUAAGCCGCUUCCUCCUUCUCAAGCUGUGAAGGAGGGCAAGAACGGACCUGGAGGAGGUCGCGGUGGUGGAGUUCGUGGCCGUGGAAGGAGCGGUGGAUUCAACAGGGAGCCCAGGAACAAUGAUGGUCCUGCUAGUGAAAACGGGUAUGUUGGAGGCUACAGACGCUCAGAAGAAGGAGAUGGAGCGAGACGUGGCGGGUCUGUAGGUGGAUACCGUGGUCGCGGUGGGGGUCGCCGUGGAGGCUUCAACAAUGGAGAGUCGGGUGACUUUGAACGUCCACGUAGGAACUUUGACCGCCAGAGUGGAACAGGUCACGGAAAUGGGUUUAAACGUGAUGGAGCUGGCCGUGGCAAUUGGGGAACCACUGAGGAUGAAAUUCCUCAAGUGACUGAAGAAUCCGCAGCAGUGGUGGAGAAGAGUUUGGCUGUUGAGAAGGAAGGUGGUGAAGGUGAAGCAACUGAUGCAAACAAAGAGACACCUGUUGAAGCUCAAGCUGAGAAAGAGCCAGAGGACAAGGAGAUGACUUUGGAAGAGUAUGAGAAGGUUUUGGAGGAGAAGAGGAAAGCUCUGCAGGCAACCAAGAUAGAGGAGAGGAAGGUUGACACAAAGGCGUUUGAGACCAUGCAACAGCUCUCAAGCAAAAAGAGCAACAACGACGAGGUCUUCAUCAAACUGGGAACAGAGAAGGACAAGCGCCCGGUUGAGAAAGAAGAGAAGACCAAGAAGUCGUUGAGCAUAAAUGAGUUUUUGAAACCUGCCAAUGGAGAGAAAUACAGGGGUGGUUACCGUGGUGGAAGGGAAGGACGUGGAGGUCGUGGACCAAGAGAAGGAGCCGAGGGAAGAGGAGGUCGUGGACCAAGAGCUGGAGCUGACAGAGGAGGUCGUGGACCAAGAGGAGCCGACGGAGAAGGAAACCAGAGAGCUGCGGCACCAAAAUUUGUCGCUCCUGCGCCAAAAAUUGAAGACGCUGCGCAGUUCCCUACCUUGGGCAAGUAAGGCACUCUUCGGUUUGGUCCCGCAGCCCUGGCCUGGACUCUUGUCUUUGUAAACUCUCCCUUGGUUUUUUGUUCUUCUGAUUCUAUUGUGAUUGUUAUACUCAUCCAAGGCGUUUUUUCUACAAACCCAGUUUGGUAGUUUUUGUUAAGUUACAUGAGCCAGAAAAAGAUCCUUUCUUCGUUGGUUUAAUGUUUUAGCUUCAUUUAAGCUUAUUAAUAAAAAGAGCCAAUUAGAU